AUUAUCAUCCCUAAUAGAGGUAUAGAUAGAGAAGAUAUAUUCAAUUUGAUCCACGUAAACCCGAAAAGACAUGAAGAAAAAAAAUAAGUAGGCCAAAAGUCAGCGUGAGCAAUCCGCCGCACAACCCCCCACGACGGCGGCUGCCCCACCGCGCCCCGGCCACCGUGAUUCGCUGGGCCCCGCCGCCUAGGUACGCCGUCCCCAGAAGCCAGAACGCGAAAAGCGAGCACGGGCGGUGGCCCACGGCGUCGACGCCCAGGAUCCGGUGAACCUUCCGGUCCAUGCGAGAAAAGAGAAAGGGUAUCAUGGCACCACGCUCACACGACUACGCGAGCCGAGGUGGCGGCGGCGUCGUCACCGGUCUUCGACGGCGAUGUGGCGCAUUGGGGUGCCAGGAAUUUUCCUCGCCUAGUCUUUUUUUUCCCUUUCUGAGCCAAACGGAAGCGCCAUUAAACCAUCUCUCUCCCGGCACUCCCACGCUCGCUGCCUUUCUUUGGCUGGCAGCCGCUGGCUCCCCACCUGUCCCUCUCCCUCACACCCUUUUCCCCCCGUGGCUUCUCUCGCUGCCGCCCCUCCGCAAUAAACCGCUGCCAGCCCGAGCGGCUCCAUCGCCCCGCUCGCGCUUUUCGGAGUGCCAAAGGCCGUGAUUCCAGCGCUGCUUUUUUUGGAAUUCCCGACCUUCUUCCUCUCCUCGUCGUCUCAUUGCCAUUGGAGCUAGCGUCUCUUGCACAGAGACAGGAACGAUCCCACAACGUUGCCUCGUUGUUUCCUCGGAAUUCUUGCUUCUCCUGCCCCUUGUUCCUCGGGAUUAAUCUUGCUUCUUCUGCCUCUGCUCUGUGAAAUUCGAGGUUUUUGAUCAAUCCCGGUGCUCUGGUGUCGUUGUUUUUCAGGCCCAGGGAGGCCGCGAUGGCGAACCUGACGAACGGCUUUGCGAGCCUCCAUUGCGCAGGGGCGAUGCAUGUGGACAAAGGGCACAUGCAAGCAUCGGGACUGCCUUUUCUCUCUUUCAGAAGAUGCGCCCAGCUUGAUAUCUCCAGACUAGGUAGCGUGCCUCGUUUCAUGGGCGCAACAUCUGCUACUGUCUCCCAACAUCAUGUGAGGCAGAGGAUCAGCGCCAUCAGAGCCUCUACUCUUUCCUGCCUGCAAGACGAUGCCACAAAAUUCUUUGAUUUUGUGGUUAUUGGCAGCGGUGUUGCUGGCCUAAGGUAUGCUCUGGAAGUUUCAAAGCACGGCUCUGUUGCUAUUAUCACCAAGGCAGAGCCUCAUGAGAGCAACACAAACUAUGCACAAGGCGGUGUUAGUGCCGUUCUAUGCCCCUCGGAUUCUGUAGAAAGUCACAUGAAAGACACAAUUGUUGCAGGGGCUUAUUUGUGCGAUGAAGAGAUUGUCAGGGUAGUUUGCACAGAAGGUCCAGAGCGUGUCAAGGAACUAAUUGCCAUGGGUGCCUCAUUCGACCAUGGUGAAGAUGGUAGGCUGCACCUUGCAAGGGAAGGUGGUCAUUCUCACAACAGAAUUGUCCAUUCUGCCGAUAUGACUGGAAGAGAGAUUGAAAGAGCACUGCUUCAAGCAGUUCACAAUGAUGAUAACAUAUCUUUGUUUGGUCAUCACUUUGCUAUUGAUCUAUUGACAUGUCAGAAAAAUGGUGAAAUCUAUUGCUAUGGAGUGGAUUCAAUAGACAUUGAAACCCAGAAGGUAGUCCGCUUCAUCUCGAAAGUGACAUUGCUUGCAUCAGGAGGAGCUGGCCAUAUAUAUCCCACAACCACCAAUCCACCGGUAGCUACUGGGGACGGAAUCGCAAUGUGUCAUCGUGCUCAGGCUGUAAUAUCCAAUAUGGAGUUUGUGCAGUUCCAUCCAACUGCACUUUCAGAUGAGGGCCUGCCAAUAAAGCCAAAGACAAGAAGAGAGAAUGCAUUUCUCAUAACGGAAGCGGUGAGAGGAGACGGAGGAAUUCUUUACAACCAGUCCAUGGAGAGAUUCAUGCCGAUGUACGAUGACCGCUCGGAGCUGGCGCCGAGAGACGUGGUUGCGAGGAGCAUAGACGACCAGCUGAAGAAACGAGGCGAAAAGUAUGUCCUCCUGGACAUCAGCCACAGACCAAGAGACAAGGUUCUUGCCCACUUCCCCAACAUCGCCGCCGAGUGCCUGCGGUACGGCCUGGACAUCACCCGGCAGCCCAUCCCGGUGGUCCCGGCGGCGCACUACAUGUGCGGCGGCGUCCGGGCAGGGCUGCAGGGGGAGACCAACGUGAAGGGCCUCUACGUGGCCGGCGAGGUCGCGUGCACGGGGCUGCACGGUGCCAACCGGCUAGCAAGCAACUCGCUGCUGGAAGCGCUGGUGUUCGCCAGGAGGGCGGUGCAGCCGUCCAUCGACCUCAUGGUGGAUGCCGACGGAGAUGCCAGACCGUCGCUGGUGGCGAGGUGGGCACGGCCGACGCUGCCGCGGUCGGUGCUGGGCGACAGCGUGCUGUCGGACAUCGUGGGGCGGACGAGGCAGGCCAGGAUGGAGCUGCAAUCAGUGAUGUGGGAGUAUGUCGGCAUCGUGCGCUCGACGGGGCGGCUGAAGCAGGCCGAGUGGAGGAUCGGUGACCUGGAGUCGGAGUGGGAGGAGUUCCUGUUCCGGCGGGGGUGGAAGCCGACCACGGUGGGCGUCGAGGUCUGCGAGAUGCGCAACCUCUUCUGCUGCGCCAAGCUCGUCGUCAGGAGCGCGCUGGCCAGGCGCGAGAGCCGCGGCCUGCACUUCACCGAGGACUUCCCGUACCUGGAGGAGAGCAGGAGGAAGCCUACGGUCAUCUUCCCGGCCGCCGUGCAGGAGCUCACGUGGAGCUCCAAGCCGUUGCAGAGGCAGCUGCAAGCAGAUGACAAUGCAUGCAGUUCAUCCGGCUGGGCCUUGGGGAUUCGUUAAUUCAUUCAUUAAUUUUUAAGAACUCUCAGUCGACAGCAUACACAAAAUCCAGACAGUUAGGCUGUAGUAGCCUGCGUAUCUUUGCAAUUCUUGCCAGUUCCAGCUGUUGCAACUUGUAAACGGUGUUGUUGGAGCUGCAUUAUGGUUUAUGAACCUUGAUCCGUAGUAUAUGUAUGUGGUGAUUGGCUGAUUGCACACCAACUGAUGACCAUUGUGAUGUCAUGCAGAAAAAAUUGCGAGAACUUCUGAAUUUCAUUUA